AUGUCCACAAGGACAGACAAUGCCCAAACGGGGCGACCGUUUCUCACGCGAGCCUACAAGUUGACCAGCGUCGACGAGGCUCGCGCUCUGUACAACGAAUGGGCGGCAACCUACAACCAGGACUUGGCUGACCCUUCUCAUGACUGGGUUGCGCCCGCUCUCACCGCGGCUGCUUUGCUAGACUUCUUCAGCAAUUCAAGACAGGCUCGUGGCAACGGAGCCCUUGAAAUCCUCGACGCUGGUUGUGGAACUGGGAUCGUCGGGGCUGCUUUGGCCUCACAGUCUGUUGCUAAGCAUCUCCCGCUCGAGAUUGACGGAAUUGAUUUGAGCACGGGUAUGCUUGAUGUCGCGCAAAAAACAGGCGCGUAUAGGCGUUUUGACACAGCCGAUAUGUCUAAAUCCCUCGCGAUUGACGAUCGGGCGUAUGAUGGUGUUAUUUGCGUGGGGGUGCUGACCGAAGGUCACGUUGGACCGGACGUGCUGCAAGAAUUCUUGAGGGUGCUCAGACCCGGUGGGUGUGCUGCGGUAACGGUGAGGGAGGACAUAUGGGAGACAGGCGGGUAUAAGAGGCAAGUUGAGGAACUGGAGAAGGAAAGCAAGGUGCAGGUGGUAAGUGCCAAGUCGGAGGAUUCACUGAAGGGCGCAAGCAUUAAGAUGAAGCUACUGUUAUUGAAGCGUGUGCUCAACUAG